AUGUACACUCCAGUCAAAAGGUAAUUUUUAAAUUUUUUUAACGUUUUUGCUGCUUUAAAAUAGUUUAAACUGCACCGUGCAAAGAAAUAAAAAUAAGACUGCACAGUGCAAAAAAAUUAAAAAGUUGCACGGUGCAGCCAAAUUUAAUUAAAUUAAAUGACAUUUUUAAAAACAAGCAAUAGAUUUUAAGUUUUAAGAUUAUAACAACUUCUAAAUUUAUAAAUCUUUUCACUUUUUACUAAAUUUUAAAAUUUCCUCGUAUUUACAAAGUAUUCUUUUUUUUGCACUGUGCAGCCAACUUUUAAUACGUCCAAUAUCAUUUUAAGGCUAUGCAAAAUGGAUUUCAAAUUCUCAGAGCAUACAAGUCUUAAAUUGUUAGCUUUUGUUAAUUUUUAUCCAAUUUUUAGAAAGCAGUACGUAUUUUACAAAGAAAUGUUUUUGUUUGCACGGUGCAGCUAUUUUCGAUAGAUCAUAACUUUGUAAAUAACCAAUAUUUUUGUUAAAACUAUUGAAAGAACAUGUCAAUUGAAGUUUAUUGAAAAGUUUAAAACUUGCUUUUAAAAGUUUUAUACGAUAAAUAAUGGCAGAUGAAAAUCAUUGCACCGUGCAGGAAAUUUUUGUUUAUUGACAUAAUAUAUGUGACAAUAAUUGAGAAAAUAUUAAUCAGUGAUUAGUACAUUUCUAAACUACCUAAUAAAUAUAACUUUUGUUAACUUUGUUACCUAAAUUUAUAAUACUACUAUCAAUUACAGUAUGCUGGCCUACGGUAUCCUCUCAGUAUGUUACUGUACAUUCAACCGUGUCAUAAUGACAAAAUUUUUCUUCGACUACCCAAUAGUACUACUGAUAAUGCAAAUGGCAGUCCUGUUGUUUGGUAUUGAAGUGUUGAGAGUGACAUCUUCAGUCAAGCUGCAUGCAUAUACCUUUCAACGUGGUAAAGAUGUCUUUCCAGCUUCAUUACUGUACAUAAUGUCACAUUUUCUGAAUUUAAACUGUUUGGAUGGCACUACAAUGCCGUUGUUUCCUUUUAUUCAAAGAUUUACGCCAUUAUUGAUUAUUGAACUGAACAGACACUUCAAUAGGAAGGCUAGGCCAUCGAGGUUUGACAUGGGAUGUAUUGGGGUGAUUUGCUUGUCUGCCGCUGCUGCUUGUAAGUUUUAAUAAUAUAUAACGGAAACUUUGUUUACGGUGCAAAAAAUAGCAAAAACUUUUUUUACAAAACAAAAAAACGUCAAGAACUUUCUUUACAACUAUAAACUUGCAAGAACUUUCCUUUAGUACUAAUAAAAAUACUUUUGCGACUGUUUCAGUAAAAAUAGAAAAAUCAAUAGCUUUUGUGACAUUUCGUCAAUCUACUACAUUGUAAUUAACAUGAAAUAUUUGUUAAAGUACCGUCACAUGAUGCCAUUUUUGUCAUUUUUAAGCAGUUUUAGAAACCCUAUAACUUUUGUGACAUUUCGUUACUCACUAAUUUUCAACAACUGAAACUUGUAAGCACGACAUAUUUGUUAAAAUACGAUCAGUAUUUCUUCUUUUUUUAAGCUAUUUUGAAAAUUCAAUGAAAUUUAUGACACUUCGUCACAUAUAAUCAAUAAAUUUUGUGACACUUCGUCGCAUGCUGAUUUUUAAAUUAAAAAAUAAUAGUAAAAAACGCCAACAAAAAUUUUUAAAAAAAAUUCAGCCGUAUACGAUUGGUCAUUUGACCUAUGGUCAAUUAUUUAUGGCAUUGUGGCCGUUUGCAUGGAGUCUUACGCACUAUUUUUGAUGGAAAAACUCAAAGAUCAAUAUAAUUCAUGGUUGGAGGUGUUGUACAUGCAUGCCUUCAAUUGUUUGUGUGUUUUGCUGGUCGCUGAUCUUAUUCAAGUAAGGCUUUUUGUUUUAAAGUGGCAAGAGCUUUCUUUACAAAGCAAAAAAUUGCAAGAACUUUCUUUACAGAUCAUAAAACGGCAGAAACUUUCUUUACAAAACAAAAAAUGGCAAGAACUUUCUUUACAAACUAAUAAUGGCAAGAACUUUCUUUACAAAACAAAAAAUGGCAAGAACUGUCUUUCCAAGCCCAAAAAAUAUAAAAAUGCUCAACUUAUUACCUAAACCUUCAGGACGAGAUCCGAGACUCCUUCAUGUACCUAGCCACUAGUACCACCUUCCUAUUUGUCAUCAUUUUGACAAUUAUGGUAGCGAUUGGAGUUGGCUUCCAAGUCUCUCUGUUCUACUGUCUAAAUUACUGUGGAGCUUUACACUCGAGCAUGAUCAAUAUAUUGGCCAGUGGAAUUCAAUUGUUUGUCGCUUAUGGACUGUCAGUCUUUUUGUUCUACGACCUCAACCCGACUUGGACAAACGUUUUUGGUGUGAUCAUAGCGUCGUGUGUAGCUAUAUACUAUUACAUUGUGAAUCGGGCUUUGGAUGCGGGCAAUACCUACAUGCCAACUAAAUAUGGCAUUGAAAAGAGCUGA